AUGCAUAUCUGGCGUGGCUUUGUGAGUUCUGUUUCUUGCGACCCUCAAGUCUCUGACUCUGAGGGCGGCUACCACCGGCACCCAGAGCCGCUGCACGUGCCGGCCAAGCUCAAGGCGCUGAGGGAAGGGAAGGCUGGAGAGCCCGUGGACCUCCGCCUUGGCAGCAGGAGCUACGAGGUGGAUCGGCUGCUGGGAAAGGGUGCGUACGCGAAGGUGUAUGGUGCCACGGAGACCCCCGCUGGAGUGGCAGAUGCGGCUACAGAGAGCACUGUGGUGUUCCGCACUGUGGCACUCAAGUGGGAUGCCCUGCUACAUGCUGCUCACGUCGUCCAUGGGAACGUCAAGACAGUCAACUUCCUCCUGCGAUUCGGGUAUGUGUUGCUGUGUGCUGCUUUCUGCAACGUGAUUCCCUCGGCUGACAGCGAGAGUCCCAAGGAGAUGGUUGCUGCCAUCGAGGCUGGUGCACCUUCCACGGGCCUCACCCUCGUGGACUACGGGCGGAGCAUUGACAUGCGACAUUUUCCAGAAGGUUCCUCCUUUGCCUCUGACAGCGGCACGGAGAACUUCCGGUGCCCAGAGAUGGAGGAGGGGCGCCCGUGGACCACGCAGGCUGACCUGUUCGCGGUGUGUGCCACGGCCUACUGUCUACUGCACGGGCAGUACAUGGAGGUGGAGAGGCUGCCUGCAGGGGAGGGCGGUGCCAGCGGAACAGCGGAUGUGGACGGUUGUGAUGGUGACAUGGCUGCUAGCUCUGAGGAGAGAAAUGUAUUUUACUAUCGCCCAAGGCUCCACCUCAAGAGGUACUGGAACCAUGACACGUGGCACGCACUGUUCCACACCUACCUCAAUGUGCCUGCGGGGCAGCCUACCCCUCCCCCAGCCCCGAUUCGCCGCCGUUUCGAGAGGUACUCGGCCGACCAUGCUAGUGAUGUUUCCGUGCUGCUCCGCAGACUCCGUAACCAGCUUUAG